AUGCAUCGUAUUCGUGAAAUAAUUGAUCGCGAUCCACAUGUUUCGAGAGUGAAAUCAGAUCCCUCUGGGAGAUCAGAUCUCUCCCCUGGGAGAUCAGAUCUCUCCCCUGGGAGAUCAGAUCCCUCCCUGGGAGAUCAGAUCCCUUCCCUGGGAGAUCCGAUCCCUCCCCUGGGAGAUCAGAUCCCUCCCCUGGGAGAUCAGACCCCUCCCCUGGGAGAUCAGAUCCCUCCCCUGGGAGAUCAGAUCCCUCCCCUGGGAGAUCAGAUCACCUCCCUGGGAGAUCAGAUCCCUCCCCUGGGAGAUCAGAUCCCUCCCCUGGGAGAUCAGAUCACCUCCCUGGGAGAUCAGAUCCCUCCCCUGGGAGAUCAGAUCACCUCCCUGGGAGAUCAGAUCACCUCCCUGGGAGAUCAGAUCCCUCCCCUGGGAGAUCAGAUCCCUCCCCUGGGAGAUCAGAUCACCUCCCUGGGAGAUCAGAUCCGUUCCCUGGGAGAUCAGAUCACCUCCCUGGGAGAUCAGAUCCCUCCCCUGGGAGAUCAGAUCACCUCCCUGGGAGAUCAGACCCCUCCUCCGGCAGGAUCACGGGCAACAGACGAGGGCAAGAAUUGCAAGCGUCAAAUAAAACUUUCAAGGUUAAGUAAUAUCUUUGGGUAUGUUGGAGGAGGUGAAUAUGGAGGUGUUGGAGGAGGCAGUGGUGGAGGUGAGGAAGAUGAAGGUGAAGGAGAAGACUGUGGUGGUGGAGAUGCCUGA